GCAAAGCGAGGACCGCAGACCUCCCCACCAUUCAUAUCGCCGCUUUGAGCCUCAUCAGUGCGAUUGAGCUAAGCCAAAACCACUCGCCUUCUUCCUUUCUUCGUGACCCAGAACAGCGCAAUCAUGCCUCGUGACCUUCUGCACCCUUCCGCCGCCGAGGAGGCCUCCAAGCACAAGCUUCGUCGUCUCGUACAGGCCCCCAACUCGUACUUCAUGGAUGUCAAGUGCCCGGGCUGCUUCAACAUCACCACGGUGUUCAGCCACGCCCAGACGGUCGUGCUGUGCGGCUCGUGCUCGGUGAUGCUGUGCCAGCCUACGGGCGGUAAGGCUCGCCUCACUGACGGCUGCCAGUACCGCAAGAAGACGGAGUAAGUUUAUUCGUGGACACACUCAGGCGCUGGCUAUCGAUCACCCCAUGAUUCGAUAGUCGCAACUAGAUAUUCGACGACUCAGGGACGGAGAAGGAACCAAGCAAGAAAGCAAGUUGAACACGCCCGCUCAGAUUUUUUUCAGCUCGCACGCGCACUCGCUUUCGACUCGCUCUGGAUCUCGAUGUGUCUGUGAGGAGAGGAAGCCAGCAGGUCGGCUGGAUCGGGUUGGCACGCUGCGUCUUGUACCGGAAGUAGCUGCUAACGUGAAUCGAGGGACGUAAGAGUUGAUUAUUUUGCGGGUUUUUCAUUCGAUCGUCUCUAUUAUCGUGUCUCGCUUCAUGUAUUACUCCUACCCGACGAAUGUUGCUAUCCAUGAUGAUACUCAAGGUUGUUUUUUUUCUUUGUUUUUUUUGUUUUAAUCACUUCACCCUAGUGCUGGUAGGGCGCUU